GGCCAUCGGCUCCCCGCGCGCAGGUCCGCGGGGAGGGGCGGCCGCCGAAGGGCCCACCCCGGGGCGUUCCUGAAGGGCGCCCUCGGCCGCCCCCGCCGCCCCCCAGAUGUACUAUGCGCUUUCCCAGGCGCGCGUGAACGCGGCCCCCGCGACCAUGCUGCGGCCACAGCGGCCCGGAGACUUGCAGCUCGGGGCCUCCCUGUACGAGCUGGUGGGCUACCGGCAGCCGCCCUCCUCCGCCUCCGCCUCCGCCUCCGCCUCCGCCUCCUCCUCCACCUCCUCCUCCUCCUCCACGGCGGCCCCCCUCCUCCCCAAGGCGGCGCGCGAGAAGCCGGAGUUGCCCGGCGAGCCCCCGGGCACGGGAGCGGGGCCCGGCGCGCACGCGGGCGGCGGCUCCCGGGCGGACCCCAAAGAGGAGCAGCAACAGCAGCUGCGGCGCAAGAUCAACAGCCGCGAGCGGAAGCGCAUGCAGGACCUGAACCUGGCCAUGGACGCGCUGCGCGAGGUCAUCCUGCCCUACUCGGCGGCGCACUGCCAGGGCGCGCCCGGCCGCAAGCUCUCCAAGAUCGCCACGCUGCUGCUCGCCCGCAACUACAUCCUGCUGCUGGGCAGCUCGCUGCAGGAGCUGCGCCGCGCGCUGGGCGAGGGCGCCGGGCCCGCCGCGCCGCGCCUGCUGCUGGCCGGCCUGCCCCUGCUGGCCGCCGCGCCCGGCUCCGUGCUGCUGGCGCCUGGCGCCGUGGGGCCCCCCGACGCGCUGCGCCCCGCCAAGUACCUGUCGCUGGCGCUCGACGAGCCGCCCUGCGGCCAGUUCGCGCUCCCCGGCGGCGGCGCGGGCGGCGGCGCGGGCGGCCCGGGCCUGUGCACCUGCGCGGUCUGCAAGUUCCCGCACCUGGUCCCCGCCGGCCUGGGCCUGGCCGCCGUGCAGGCGCAGUUUUCCAAGUGAGGGGCCCCGCGCGGGCCCGGGGCGCGACCUAGGCCCGGCCUCCCGCCGCCCCGCUGCUCCGCGCCCUCCCCACCCCACUCCCGCGCCUUGCCUUCGCGGACGAGCACGGGGGCGGGGGCGGGGAGGGGGGGCCGGGAUGCACUUCCAACCUUCUCGCCCAGAGGAAGGGACCGCGGGGCGCCCCCUUUCCCGCCCCCACCCCGGGGAGAUCAGAGUGAUGCGAGCGGAUGUUCGACGGAGCGUCGAGGAGGCCGAUGCGGGUUCUGAGUCGAUUCCGGCUGCUUCGGGCGGCAACCAAGCCCUGUCAAAGGAGGCUGCGCGACCUCAGGAAGCAGAGAAAGACCAAUUAGUCGGUGCAGAUGGUCCGAGGCUUAGCAGACGGACGGACCCUCCGCGGCGGCGGCGGCGGGACGGUGCGCAUCGCGGUGCCGCGGGAGGAGGCGCGGGCGUGGAUAACUCCAGGGUCCCCGGGUGGCCGGGCUGGGCUGUUGGGCCGCUCUUCCACCCUGGCUGCGAGAGUGCAAUUUUUGAGAGUCGCGUAACCAGUAGAUUAUCUUUGUUUUGUGGCGGAGAUUAUUCGCUUUUAAAUCCUGAGGUCUUAAGAAGACAGUUUAGGACUUGAGAUUCACCGUUUUGUUUGCCCUUCCCCGGAGGUAGCGUAGCCAACCUUGGAGCUCGCUUAAAAACAGAAACCCACCCCCAUCCCCCCCUUUGACGCAGCUGGUGUUCUUGGUUUACUAAGAUAGGUAACAGCGGCACUUCGCAGUCGCCUCCAGUCUGGUCGGAAAAGCACGGUCGCUAAUUAACUUUCUCAUUAAAAGGCGCAGAGGAGGACCCGAGCCCCAAAACUCCCUCCGGCGGCUCGCGGGUCCCCGCUGCGGUGGCGCUUUCUGCGCUGUCCCUUUGCGCGAGGGGUCUUGGACCUGCGCUCUCCGCAGCUUGACGUUUGGAGAACUGCAUAGAUGACCGGUCUUGAUUCGUUACAGACGUUAACAAAUUACUUCACCCAAGAUUAUUUUAUGAUCUUUCAGCAGCUUGCUUUGAAGUCUCUGUUUAAGGUUUUUGGUUGUUGGUAGUAGCCGAAUUUAACUGGCUUUUUAUUUUAUCUCUAACUUCGUUUCGUUGCUCGGUGAAGAAUCAACAAAAUAAAACAUUUAAAGACCUAA